UCCGGCCACCAUGGGUCGUCAGAGGGAGCUGGUGUCCCGCUGCGGAGAGAUGCUGCACAUCCGCUACCGCCUGCUGCGCCAGGCGCUGGCCGAGUGCCUGGGGACCCUCAUCCUCGUGAUGUUCGGCUGUGGCUCCGUGGCCCAGGUCGUGCUCAGCCGGGGCACCCACGGGGGCUUCCUCACCAUCAACCUGGCCUUCGGCUUUGCUGUCACGCUGGCCAUCCUGGUCUCGGGCCAGGUGUCAGGAGCCCACCUCAACCCAGCCGUGACCUUCGCCAUGUGCUUCCUGGCCCGAGAACCGUGGAUCAAGCUGCCUGUCUAUGCCCUGGCUCAGACACUGGGGGCCUUCCUGGGAGCGGGCAUCGUCUUCGGGCUCUACUAUGAUGCAAUCUGGGCCUUUGCCAACAACGAGCUUAUCGUCUCGGGUCCCAAUGGCACAGCCGGCAUCUUUGCCACCUACCCCUCUGGACACUUGGACAUGGUCAAUGGUUUCUUCGACCAGUUCAUCGGCACAGCCUCCCUCAUUGUGUGCGUACUGGCCAUCGUAGACCCCUACAACAACCCUGUGCCCCGGGGCCUGGAGGCCUUCACCGUGGGCCUGGUGGUCCUGGUCAUCGGCACCUCCAUGGGCUUCAACUCUGGCUACGCCGUCAACCCUGCCCGCGACUUCGGCCCUCGCCUCUUCACCGCCAUCGCUGGCUGGGGCUCCAAGGUCUUCACGACUGGCCGCCACUGGUGGUGGGUCCCCAUCGUCUCUCCGCUGCUGGGCUCCAUUGCCGGCGUCUUUGUGUACCAGCUCAUGAUCGGCUGCCACCUGGAGCCGCCGCCCCCCUCGGCUGAGGAGGAGAAUGUGAAGCUGGCCCAUGUGAAACACAAGGAAUAG